AUGGUGUUUCAGUGCAAGCAGCCCGUGCGGCUGUCCGCGUGCCCUGGCACAACGGCCCGGAGGGGGGCCCAGGCCGGCGGCCUCAAGGUGGGCAAUGGGGCGCGGGGCGCGCGCAGGAGCAGGCACAGCGUGAUCAGGAAUGCGGCGGAGGUGGAGAAGACGGCGGUCGAGGAGGAGAAGGAGCAGAUUAGCAAGAUGCUGAACAGGCCGUACAAGUACGGCUUCAAGUCGACCAUCCAGCAGGACAUCAUCGAGAAGGGCCUCAACGAGGACGUCAUCCGCCUCAUUUCCGCGAAGAAGGAGGAGCCCGAGUGGCUGCUGGACUUCCGCCUGCGUGCCUACCGCAAGUGGCUCACCAUGGAGGAGCCCAACUGGUCGGACAACAAGUACCCGCCCAUCGACUACCAGGCGCUGUCCUACUACGCCGAGCCCAAGGUCAAGGAGAAGAAGAAAUCGAUGGACGAGGUCGACCCUGAGCUCAUUGACACCUUCGAGAAGCUCGGCAUCCCGCUCGCGGAGCAGAAGCGCCUCGCGAACGUCGCGGUCGACGCCGUGUUCGACUCGGUGUCCAUCGCGACGACGUUCCGCGAGGAGCUGGCGAAGCAGGGCGUGAUCUUCUGCUCCAUCUCCGAGGCGGUCAAGGAGUACCCGGACCUCGUGCGGAAGUACAUGGGGAGCGUGGUGCCGGUCGCGGACAACUACUUCGCGGCGCUGAACAGCGCGGUGUUCACGGACGGGUCGUUCGUGUACGUGCCCAAGGGCGUCAAGUCCCCGAUGGAACUGAGCACCUACUUCCGGAUCAACGCGCAGGAGACGGGGCAGUUCGAGCGGACGCUGAUCGUGUGCGAGGAGGGCGCGUACGUGAGCUACCUCGAGGGGUGCACCGCGCCGGCGUACGACGACAACCAGCUGCACGCCGCGGUGGUGGAGCUGUACGCCGCCAAGGACGCCGAGAUCAAGUACAGCACGGUGCAGAACUGGUACGCCGGGAACGAGGAGGGCAAGGGCGGGAUCUACAACUUCGUCACCAAGCGCGGCCUCUGCGCGGGCGACCGCUCCAAGAUCUCGUGGACGCAGGUCGAGACGGGCUCGGCCAUCACCUGGAAGUACCCCUCGUGCGUCCUCAAGGGCGACAACUCCAUCGGCGAGUUCUUCUCCGUCGCCCUCACCAACAACAUGCAGCAGGCCGACACGGGCACCAAGAUGGUGCACGUCGGCAAGAACACCCGCUCGCGCAUCGUGUCCAAGGGCAUCUCCGCGGGCAAGUCGCGGAACGCCUACCGCGGGCUCGUGCAGGUCGCGCCGACCGCCUCGGGCGCCCGGAACUUCUCCCAGUGCGACUCGAUGCUCAUCGGCGACACGGCGGGCGCCAACACGUACCCCUACAUCCAGGUGCGGCACCCGUCGGCCAAGGUCGAGCACGAGGCGUCGACGUCGAAGAUCGGCGAGGACCAGCUGUUCUACUUCCAGCAGCGCGGGAUCGACGCCGAGGAGGCCGUCGGCGUCAUCAUCUCUGGGUUCUGCCGCGAGGUGUUCAAUGAGCUGCCGCUCGAGUUCGCCGCCGAGGUGAACCAGCUGAUGUCGCUCAAGCUCGAGGGCUCCGUCGGAUAA